CAAUGGCUCGUGCCGACAUGGGCAUCGCCACGGUCCGCAGCGGUCCUUCGGCGGAUGGACAUGAAACCGGUUCUUGAGGCAAUUUAGUGUCGCACGAUGAUGUCACCAAGCCCUCCCGCUCCCGCGUUGUGAAGAGCAGGGAUUUGAGAACUGGAGCGGAAGGAAAAAGCAACGCGAGGCCUUGCUUCGACUCGCAAGGCGGCGGCUACAGCCAAUGUCUUACCCAGGAUAUCCUCCUUCAGGCUACCCUGCUUUUCCUGGUUAUCCUCCUACAGGGCAAGAGUCUGCUUAUCCACCUGCUGGUCAGUAUCCUUACCCUGCUGCUCCUGGAGGAUUCCCACCUGUGGGAGGUGGUGCUUAUCCUGCUGCUCCACCAGCUAGUGGUUUCCCAGGGAGUGCAGGAUAUCCCCCUGCACCUGCUGGAUAUCCCCCUGCACCUGCAGGAUACCCUGGGGCUCCUCAGCCUGGCGGGAUGCCAACUUAUCCUGGAGGUGCUGGGUUUGGAAUACCUUCAAAUGGUUCUGGCUUUGGCUAUCCGCAACCUCCAACCCAAAGUUAUGGUGGAGGUGGACCAGCACAAAUACCAGCUGGGUAUCCAGGUGGACCUACACCAGCACCACCUCAGCCUGCAGGAAUCUUUCAAAAUACACAAGGCACAAUUCGACCAGCUCCUAACUUCGAUGCAGGGAGGGAUGCAGAAAUUCUGCGCAAGGCUAUGAAGGGGUUUGGAACGGAUGAACAAGCAAUCAUUGAUGUUGUGGCCAACCGCUCCAGUGAUCAGAGGCAACAAAUUAAAGCUGCUUUCAAGACCAUGUAUGGCAAGGAUUUAAUUAAAGACCUGAAAUCAGAGCUAAGUGGAAAUAUGGAAGAGCUGAUCCUUGCAUUGUUCAUGCCAAGUACCUAUUAUGAUGCUUGGAGUUUACGGCAUGCAAUGAAGGGUGCAGGCACACAGGAGAAUGUGCUGAUUGAGAUUCUCUGCACAAGGACAAACCAGGAGAUUCGAGAAAUAGUCAGAUGUUACAAGAAUGAAUUUGGAAGAGACAUUGAGCAUGAUAUUCGGUCUGAUACAUCAGGACAUUUUGAACGUUUACUUGUAUCUAUGUGUCAGGGUAAUCGGGAUGAGAAUCAAACUGUAGAUUACCAAAAAGCUCAACAAGAUGCUCAGCGCCUUUACCAAGCUGGUGAAGGGAAACUGGGAACAGAUGAGUCUUGCUUCAAUAUGAUCCUGGCAUCUAGAAGCUUUCCCCAGCUGAAAGCCACAGUUGAAGCGUACUCUCAGAUUGCUAACCGUGAUUUAUUAAGUAGCAUCGGCCGGGAAUUUUCAGGAAAUGUAGAACGUGGCUUGAAGGCUAUCUUGCAAUGUGCUCUGAACCGCCCAGCCUUUUUUGCAGAGAGACUUUAUUGUGCCAUGAAAGGAGCUGGUACGGAUGACUCUACCCUGGUUAGAAUUGUAGUCACUCGUAGUGAGAUUGAUCUGGUACAAAUCAAACAUAUGUUCACUCAGAUGUAUCAGAAGACAUUGGCCACAAUGUUAUCAAGUGACACAAGUGGGGAUUACAGGCGCUUGCUCUUGGCCGUUGUUGGUCAAUAGAAAGCACUCAAACAAAGAAAAUGGAACAAGAGCAGCUUGGGCAUAGAACCGACUAUCAUUGCAUAUAUAAGUUAUCCAAGACAAUGCAAACAACUAUGCUUCUAGUGGAUGAUUUAUUUUGCACGUGUAAUUGCCUUAAUUUAGCACAUUAUGUACUUUACAAUAUAAAAUAAGACACCUGCUGUCUGAA